AUGGCCUUCAAUAAGCGAAGAAAUACAGCAUACAAAAAGAUGUACAAUAAGACCUAUAAGAAGGCUCGUGAUCCCACUACAACUGAAGAAUCCAUGAAAGAUGGGAUUGCAACUAAUGAUGGUAUAAAAAGUGAAAGUACUUUUUUGGAAGAUGACAUGGCCUUUAAUAAGCGAAGAAAUACAGCAUAUAAAAGCCGAUACAACAAGACCUAUAAGAAGGCUCGUGAUUCGGUUACAACUGAAGAAUCCAUGAAAGAUGGGGUUACAACUAAUGAUGAUGACAUGGCCUUCAAUAAGCGAAGAAAUACAGCAUACAAAAAGAUGUACAAUAAGACCUAUAAGAAGGCUCGUGAUCCCACUACAACUGAAGAAUCCAUGAAAGAUGGGAUUGCAACUAAUGAUGGUAUAAAAAGUGAAAGUACUUUUUUGGAAGAUGACAUGGCCUUUAAUAAGCGAAGAAAUACAGCAUAUAAAAGCCGAUACAACAAGACCUAUAAGAAGGCUUGUGAUUCGGUUACAACUGAAGAAUCCAUGAAAGAUGGGGUUACAACUAAUGAUGAUAAGAAGGAAAUCGAAGGUACUUUCCCUUAUGAUGAUGACACGGUUAUCAACGAUUGGAUUGACGAAAAUGAUGACCUCGCCGAUACAGCUAUAUUCUACUUGUACCGUGGUCUCUAUCCUGGCAAAAAGAUGAAACUGCUUUUCAACAAUGCUGGAAGUAGAGCUGGUUUCUUGCCUCGACAAAUGGCUGAGUCCAUACCAUUUUCAAGUGACAGUGUGCCAAAAAUUUUGGAGCACUUUUCACUAAAGACUGAUUCAGCAGAAGCAAGUAUUAUAGCAGAUACAAUAGAUGAGUGCGAGUACCCAAAAAUGGAAGGGGAAGAAAAAUAUUGUCCUACAUCUUUAGAAUCCUUAAUUGAUUUCGUUGUUGCAAGGCUUGGCAGCAAUGUUAAGGUGCUUUCAACUCAAUCCGGCAAGAAACAAGAAUAUACUGCUUUGACAGGAGGCAAAAUGAUCGGAGAUAGAGCAGUGGUAUGCCACAAGGAGAUAUAUCCAUAUGCUGUGUAUUAUUGCCAUGAAAUCGAGGACACCAAGGCUUUUAUGGUUCCAUUGGUGGCUGCUGAUGGCACUACAGUUAAAGCAGUGACUAUUUGCCAUGACGAUACAUCUACUUGGAGCCCAGAGCACGUGUCAUUUGAACUUCUUAAAGUCAAACCUGGAGUGCCUAUUUGUCACUUUCUAGCCAAUGAUACCCUCGUUUGGGUUAAAGCUAAAGAUGCAGAACGGGACUUCAUCACCCAUCUGGCAAUGCCUAUCACUGAUCAGUAA